AGUUGAUAUUUACAUGACUGCAUGACUGUAUACUGAUACAUUGCUAGUGAACGAUACAGUUGUUAAUGAUUUAGAAAAAAUCGGUGCAUUCAACUUGAACAUUCUAAAUGAUGAAGACCAUGAUUUGCCAUAUGCAUUACUAAAACACCAUUGAUGUUGUGCACACACAAUAAAUUUAAUAGCAACAAUGGACUUUAAAAAAGCUUUGUCUAAUCUUGCAUAAAAAAAACAGUCAAGAAGUACUUUUGCCAAGUCUACCGCUUUGUGGAACAAAGAAAGUCGCUCAACUAAGUCACCUGAUUUAGUUAAACAAAAUCUUGGUGUUUAUUUAAUUACACCCAACGAGACACGUUGGAAUUCACUGUAAAAUGUAGUGGUACUGCUUAAUAAAUAAAUUAAAAAUAAUGAAACUAAGUUUAGAAUAAUAAUGGACGAAUUGGCUAUUAGCAGAUUUGAAAGAAGUGAUAUUGAUUUCAUGUGUCAACAUCAUACAAUCAUGGGGCCAAUUUCAAUAAGCUUGGAUUUACUCCAGGGUGAUACUAACAUGUACUUUGGUCAUCUCCUACCUACAAUUGAAGGAAUAAUUUAUAAAUAUGAAUCAAUGACAAGUGAUCAAACAGUUUCUGAUUAUAUGAAACUUCUGGUGACUGCCAUACUUAAUGGUAUGAAAACAAGGUUUGCAGAUUAUUUGAUAGACAAAUUUUUAGUAACUGCUGCAGUCUGCCACCCACUAUUUAAAAAAGUUUGGAUUAAAAAUGAUAUAAAAAACAAUUAGAAGAUAACCAAAUGAAAGAUAAUUUAUCUACCUUUUUUACCGGGUCACUAAAUUCCCGAGAGGAAAAAUCAACAGUUAGUGAUGAAAUAGA